AGUCACACACAUUCACAAAGGCAUCCAAACAUGUGCACGUUCUUCUUUAAAAUCACUUUGUGUGUCUGUGUUCUUCAGAUGUGCGGGUCAGUGUUGGCAGCUGUGGUGGGCCUGGUGGGGUCCGGAUACUGUUUCAUCAUAUCAGGGUUCGCCUUGGCACAGGGUCCCCAGUGCUUUACCACUUAUGGAUGGACUUACCCCUUUCAAAAUCAAGGGGGCAGGUAUCUCGUACAACCAGACACUUGGUCACAGUGUCUUCAGCCGGCUCAUAUCGUUGAGUGGAACGUAACUCUGCUGUGUGUGUUACUGGGCCUGGCUGUGCUGGAGUUCAUCAUCUGUCUCUUACAGCUGGGAAACGGUUUAGUCAACGCAGUCUGCCGGCCCUGUUGCUAUAAGCAGGAGUAUAGUCUUAAUGCUUAGUCAAACACGCACGCGUAUGUAGUCUCACCUGCAGAGACAAAAGUGCAUGCGCACACAUAAAAUUCACACUCAUGUAUGUACACAUACAGGACAUUAAUGGACACAUGCAUUAUGCGGAAUCUUGCCCAGCACCGUGUGUGAGUGAGCACAACACAACCUUUCUCCUUAGACACUCGUACGCCUGCAGUAUCAUGGAGACCUGACAGCCAAGUCAGUGUAACCGCUAUAUUUUCAAGCUUUCAAUUUGCACUGUUAAAGUGCCAAAAAUCACUAUGCAGUCAUUGAUGAUGAUUGAUGACAUUUCAAAGGUAAAAGGUUAUUAAUUGAUGAUAAUAAUGUAGGUGUGUUUGCCAGGAAUAGUCCAUAAAAGAAAGAAAAAAUACAUCUUACUUUGUACCUGUUGAAAGUAGGUUAAUCAGACACAUGUACACAUAUAAUAAAGAUAAAAGUAUCAUUGAUAUUAAUAAUUAUUGCGCAGUUGUCACACAAUGGUUUGGAAAUCCAUAUAAAACAGAAACUUUCUGGUGUCUAUUUGUUUGUUGUUUUUUUUUAAAAGGAGGUUAGGCAGAAUUGUGUCUUACACUUGAGUGAUAACUGUACACUCACUUCAUGAAAUCUGUAUUCUUAAUGCCAAGGUUGCUCACUUUGGAUGCUGUUUUUAUUGAGAUGAUACUACAAUUCAAAUCACAAUGUCAUUACGCCAGCUUAUGACAUAAGCUUUUGUGUCAUUGUGUGUGUCCUUGCAAGAAGUGAUGCACAUUUCCAUUGUCUUUCAUCAGCAUCUUGCCUGACAUGAUUAUGGCGAGGCAACAGGAAGUGUCCUUUCUUUCCAGCUUUAUUCUUGUGGUUCCAACAUGUCUACACUGUGUUGGAUCAAUUAAGGAUUACCAGCAAAUUUGUGUGUGUUUGUACAUUUGUUUUUCAUUUUUAGAGCAUUAUGUUGUAAAUUGUUUUCUUUGCGCCUUUCUGAUGCUAGAUCAGUGUUAAAGGACAUUUUAUAUAUAUUUUAGUGACAUAUUUUUAUAAUGUAUGUUUGUGCUGCCUUGAAUAAAGAAAUGCCUAUUUCCACUUGAAGUAUCCAGUGAGUCAUUUAGUUGAAGCUGAAUGUGCAGCUGGUCUUUGUCCACCCAAUAACAGUUUUUAUUAAUUGUCAGGACAUUCAGCAAUUACACGUGAUGUCUUUAGACAACACACUUAAAUCCCCAAAGAUGUUAUUGGUAAGCAGUGUGUUACAUACAGCAGCAAUAUACAGUAGAUGUGUGUACGUGUGUUUGCAUGUUUGACUCCCCUCCUGCACUUCCUUCAAUCUGUUCCAGUAAAUGACGUUUCCAUCAGCUUAUCUGAUAUCCUCUUUUUAGUUCAACAUCAUUAGCUUACCCACUCACUCUUAGAGUGGAGGGGGGGCUCUAACACAAAUGCACUAUUAGCUUAUGCGUACCCACCAAAUGUUGGCUUGUGUAUGUGUGUGUUGGCAUGUAGCCUGCUCAGUGUGUUGUAAUCAAUUCCUGGACUAAAGUUUCUCUCCUGGAGUUUCCAGAGUUGCCUGUUUUUGAUCCAUAUGAGGAUGCAAACUUAGAAAACUUGUGUCCCUGACCCUGGGAGCCGAGCACAUUGCAAGUCCUUUUUCAGCAAAUUAAACAAAAUCUUGCAAGUCCCUUUCA